AUGAGUGAUUCCAGUGAUGAUUCUUUUUCGCCUUUUCCUUUUAGCAGAAAUAUAAGAAAUAGGAAAUAUAGAGCAGAAUAUAGAGAAGAUUUUUCAUUAAAAUUAUCAGAGUAUUCUAUAAUAGAAGAUACUCAAGAUAUUCUUUCUGAAAAUAGCAAAAUGAAUACAAAAAAGGAUUCUAUAAUAGAAGAUACUCAAGAUAUUCUUACUGAAAAUAGCAAAAUGAAUACUAGAAAGGAUUCUAUAAUAGUCAUUAGCGACUCGAGUCCUGACAAUAGUUUAGAAUAUUGUAGUAAAGAAAAGAUUAGUACACCUGUAAUACCAAAAAACACCUACAAGAGUGCAAUAAGGUCUAUAAAUUAUACCUUGGAAAUAUCUGAUAAUUCGGAUGACGAUAAAACUUUUAAUGAAAAAUAUAGAAACGUAUCGACAAGAAAUAGACGUGUUAGUAAAUUUUCUAAUUCUAUUGACAAAAUUAAUUCACGAGAUAAGAAUUAUUAUUGUACUUCUGAUGAUAGUUCCAAGGACAGCAGUAUGAUAAGUUCAGAACACAAUAAAAAAACUAAUGCGUAUAAAAAAGAUAUUAAUCCGACGUUAUUAAAUAUGCGACAUAAGAAUGAGAAUUCGAAUAGACAACUAAAAAAUACAUUAAAAAAUGGAAAUAGUGUGUAUACCCCUGUUUCCAAAUAUAAUUCAUUGAGUAAAUUGACUGAUAUUAAUAGUAAUAGUUCUAAGAAAUCAAAUACUCCUGUACAGUUGACAAACAGUGAUUUAAAUAAAAUCCUAAAAAAUAUCAAGUCGACAAAAGCUGUCUACGAAAGCCCAAGAACUCCUGUAGUCUCUAAUAUUGUAAUCAAUGAAACUUUAGAUGAAGGAGAAUUGCAUCCAGCAUUAUCAAGCGAUGACAGUUUAAUAAAAAGAUUUGACAAGCCACCUGCAACAAUUAUAGAUGAAACGAAUAGCGAUAUUAGCAAAAGUAACUUUUCUGAAAGAAAUAUGAUAACUUCGUAUAAAAUAUAUGAUAAAUCUAUCAAUGCUCCUGUUAUAGACGAUAAAGCACUAUGCUUAACAGAAGAAUUGAAACAAGAAAUUUGUAAUUGGAUUAAAAUGAGUUCACCGCAUUCUAUAAGUGAUAGUUCAUUCACUAAUGUAUCUGCAAGCAUUAGAAAUAGCAUAAAUUCUGGGAACAGUAGUUUAGAAAGAUUGGAGUUGAAUUAUGAAACACCGAAUAACAGAAAUAUAAUAAAAUUAAAAAUCAUUGAGAAUAAUGUUGGUGUAUCGAAUACAAAUAAUAAAACUAGUUCUAUGUCAAAAUCAAAACAAGAAACACCACAUAAAUUUUUACGCAAACUCAAUGAGAAUGUUCUUACGCCUUCGAGCGUUCGUCAGAAAAAGAAAGCUACUAAUCAGUGUAUUAAUUUAGAUACAAAACAAUCCAAUAAUAUGAACAUUGCACAUUGUACAGAUAUAUUAGAUGAAUUGUAUGGUAAUAUUUGGAGGAAUAAUGCAACUGCCUUACUUUCAACUCCUACGAAUAAACAAAAAAACGUUAUAACAAAAGAUAAAGCUGUGCAAACAGAAAGAAAAGCAACGAGUUAUAAAUAUUAUACAACAAAACUAGGAGAUAAACAGAAUAGAUGUGAUACAAGUCAAAAACAAUUAAAGCAUAAAACGCAAAGGAAUAGUUUUAUUUGUGAUAGUUCUUCCUCUGAUACUGAAACCCAAAGCUUAUAUUUCACCGCUCUAACAACUCCACUCGCAUCUGAUCUUACGCCAAAUAAAAUUAAUACUAAAUCACGUCCUGUUCAAAGACUCUUUGAAAUAUGUGAUUCUGAUACGGAUGAUGAAUAUAGUACUAAUCCCUCUUUUGAAGUACGAAAGAUAUUAAAUAAGAAAAAUUUAUCAUUUAAUGAUGAAGAAGGUAGUUCCGAUACAAGUGAAUUUGAUCCAAGCGAUGAUAUUACUAAAAAACGUGUAUAUAAAAAAAGUAUAAAAAAAACAACAAGAAAUGUAGCACCAACGAAACAGAGAGAUCUUUCGUCUGAAGAAAGCGAGCCAAAGAAUAAACACAAAGGUUUUUUAGCUUCUCUAUCUGAUUCAGUACCUCUGAUCAAUGCUCAUCCAGAUGCAAAAAAAUAUAGGCUUGCGUAUAAAAAUAAUAAAGAAGAGCUUUGCAAGUAUUUGUAUAAAUUGUAUAACGAGAAUAUUUUUGACAAGAAGUUACCAGAAAAUAUGUUGAUAGAAUGGAAUGUUCGUAUGAGAGGAACAGCUGGUUAUUGUUACAAUAAAAAAUCUAUUAAACCACUAGGAGGGAUUCUUAGAUCUUCGAGAGUAGUAUUAUCGACUAAGGUUUUAGAUACACCUGAUAGACUAAGGGAUACAUUGAUACAUGAAAUGUGCCAUGCUGCUACUUGGCUAAUAAACGACGUAUCCGAUGGUCAUGGACCAUUUUGGACGGCAUGGGCGAACAAGGCAAUCAAAGUAUUUCCUGAACUUCCACCUAUUCGUCGUUGUCACGAUUAUAAAAUUAAAACAAAAUUUACAUAUAGAUGCAUCGAAUGCGGAUAUAGUAUUGGACGACAUUCUAAAUCUUUAGAUAUCGAAAAAAAACGAUGUGGUCACUGUUAUGGUAAAUUCGAACUACUCAUCAAUAAGACAACAAAAUCUGGUACGGUUCAAGUGCAAACGCCGAAAAGAGAACCAUCCGCAUUUGCACUUUACGUUAAAAAAAAUUAUAAUACGGUGAAAAAGGAGAAGAACUUGAAACAUGCUGAGGUGAUGAAAGUUUUAGGCCAAAAGUUUUCGGCAAUUAAAAUAACCAAGAAAAACGUUAACGAUGAUUGACAAUAACAAAGAUUCGUUCGAGUGAACGUAUAUUCUUUGUAGUUUUUUAAAAAGUUUUUCAUAACUUUAUGCAUAUUUUUUAAUUACGUUUUUAAUCUUACCAUUGCAGGGACGACACAUGUUAAGAUAAGAAUUUUGUAUGUAAAUUUAAGAAAAAUAUAAUAAAGAAUACGUAUAAGA